AUGUCAUCACAGCCCAGUGAGGCCCUUGGGGUCGACCAGGAGGCCGCACGUCUGGAGGAUCCAUCUCGGUUUCACCAGGGAGCCUGCCCACUGCUGGAGCUGAAGAGGCUGCGGAGGAGAGCCAGGCACAUUGUUGAGAAGUGGCUGCAGCACUACCAUAUAAUCACGGGUGUUUGCGGCCUGGAUAGGAGGAGUUUGCAGCCCCUCUGUCAGCAGAGGCUGAGUCAGAAGAAGCCGUCUGUACCCCUUCCCUCUUUGACCACUUUUGUCCUAAAACACAACAGCUCAGCUCAAUCCCACAGUGGCUCUAGGAGAGGACAGAUCACCAGACGCUUGUGUGCUCCUACAAGCAACCUUGCAUCUUCCUUACUGAAAAAACAGUGUCCAGUUUUAGUUCCAUGGCUCCCUGCAAACUGGCACCCAUCACCCAUGCCCCAUGAUCCCUUUGGCUCUGCCAUCGCGUGCCCGGUCGUUCUCCGUGCCGCACUGAGGGGAGAGGAGAGCUGGCAGUCGUGCCGCUGCAGUUGCAAGCAGAUACCCAUCCUGACGGACACGGAGUACGAUGCCUUCAUAGCUGGGCAGGGGUCAGACAGUGAGCAGAUCUUGGUGGUUAGCAUCACCUCACCUGUGCAGAACUUCCCCUCGUCCCCUUCACUCAGUAGCGACAGACUGGAAGAGCUGUACAGGAAGAUGAACAGAAAGAGAAAUAUGCCCUGUACACAGUGUCAGAUGGACUCCUACCGACUCCUGCGAUAUGAAGUUCCUAGUCCAGAAGCCCGGAGGGAGACCCACGUCACUCUAUUGCAGCGUAGACAUAAUGUGGCUCCUGGGAUGUUCCUGCUGUAUCUUAGAGGUAAGCUUCUCUUCGCCAACUACAUCUUUAGUGCUUACGGCUGCUCUGUUAGGGAUCUUCAAAAACAAAUUGCCAAAACGAGAAGAGACUACCGGCUUGGCCAGUUCCUGCCUCCAGACUUUAAAUCCAGUUCACAGAUGAGGAGUGACACUGUCCUUGGUGAUGGUUCUAAUCCAGGGCUAAGAGGUCAAACUCUUGCUGAAGGAGGUCUGUGUGUGAAUCAGUCCCUGAAGGACUCCUCGGAAUACACGUAACAUGUGCCAGAGAGAACUUUUCAGGACUUUAUGUGGCCACGAAGAUUCUCUCUGCAGUUCACCCUCCAGUAACCCAGUAACCACCUGCUGCUUAUCUUGUAAGCAGUGUGUUUUGAAGCGAUGAUGUCAAGUCUGAGUGGAGAGGAACCAACCAACAAUGUGACAUUUUGUUACUGUAGCCCCAUUGCAGUAACAGUCCCCCAAGGUGCAGCCAGCUAUGGAAACAAUCAAUGUGAUUUCCUAACCAAUAAGAUCAGCUGACACCAUAAGUAAGCACGUUUGAAACUGCUGCUGCACAGAGAUUUGACAGUCCUGGCUAAAUUCUGUUGAUUGUGGAGAGAAAAAACACUGUAUUUUUUACAUUUUAGAAUGUGGCUUUUGUAUCUUAAACUUCUAUUCCAAGUGUA